CUAAAGUAUUUCUGGAGAAAACACAUACUUUUUGGAAGCAGUGAAUUAUCCCGAAGUCAGUGGUGUAAUUGAGAAGGAUAAUAGAUUUUUGAGUAGCUAGCUGCAACAGCACCUUCUCUUUCCUAUUCAAUUGUGCAUUUGCUGUUUUUUGAGGCUUCUGGGGGUAAUGGCUUUGAGGCGUAUGCUUGGGUAUUCGGAUGGAGAGUUAAUGAGAUCAGAUGCAAAACCUUGUUCAAGACUAAUGAGACAAACAGCUGGGAUUUUUUCUGUUGGAGGAGCAUUAGGAUUUUGGAUUCUUUGCCGAUUGCACUAUGGUCCUCGAAUCACAGUUCCUAGAAGUCUUAGAUGGGCAACUUGUGGGGCUGUUUCUGUGAGCUCAAGCACUGCUUUGCUAGUUCGUCUAUUUAGUCCUGAAUGUGAACCACAAAACAUAGCUGCCUACGAUAAGACUGGAUGAUGUUACUUUUCUUCUGAUAUGAGUAUGUAAAACUGAGGCAUGAUGUCCUAUUUAAUUCGUGUCCAACUUUUUAAGGAUUCUCCUUCCACAGGCAUAUCACAUAUGGCAGCCUGUGUUAGCCAGUGGAGAACGACCAGCGUUUUAAUGCUAAACUAUUUUCUCAUUGAGGGCCUAAUCCUAUUAUAUUUGCCACUAAUAUAUCAAUUUCUAAUGAGUAAAAAUGCGACAAGCACUCGAGAAGUGAUGCUUGAUCUGGCUUAGUUUUCUCCUAGCAGCUAAUUCUAUGUCACAUAGUCACAUUCUACAAGGAGGAAAUACUUAUUUGUGUGAA